GACGCGGGUUGGGGCGGGCUGCUGGCUGUGCCUGGCCGCCGGGACUCCAGUGCCGAGCCUCAGGGCUUCGAAGGCUCCCACCGCGCGACCCGGCGUGCCCGGCUCCGCGGCCGGGACUCCGCGCUGCCGGCUCCUGGUGCUCGAGCCGGGCGGGGGCCAGGAUGCCGAGCUGCGCGCCUUGAGCCGGCCCCAUGAUCCCGAGCACGUUGAUCCGCGAGAGGACGGUGCCCCCCGCCUGCACCUGCAGCCUCGGUGGCCCCGACAUGAUCCCCUACUUCUCCGCCGACGCGGUCAUCUCGCAGAACGCCAUCAACCAGCUCAUCAGCGAGAGCUUUCUAACUGUCAAAGGUGCUGCCCUUUUCUUACCCCGGGGAAAUGGAUCGUCCACACCAAGAAUCAGCCACAGACGCAACAAGCAUGCAGGUGAUCUCCAACAGCAUCUCCAAGCAAUGUUCAUAUUACUCCGCCCAGAAGACAACAUCAGGCUGGCUGUGAGACUGGAAAGUACUUACCAGAAUCGAACACGCUAUAUGGUAGUGGUUUCAACUAAUGGUAGACAAGACACUGAAGAAAGUAUUGUUCUUGGAAUGGAUUUCUCCUCUAAUGACAGUAGUACUUGUACCAUGGGCUUAGUCCUGCCUCUCUGGAGUGACACCCUAAUUCAUUUGGAUGGUGAUGGAGGAUUCAGCGUAUCAACAGAUAACAGAGUUCACGUAUUCAAACCUGUAUCUGUACAGGCAAUGUGGUCUGCACUCCAGAGUUUACACAAGGCUUGUGAAGUGGCCAGAAUGCAUAACUACUACCCGGGCAGUUUGUUUCUCACCUGGGUGAGUUAUUACGAGAGCCAUAUCAACUCAGAUCAAUCCUCAGUCAAUGAAUGGAAUGCUAUGCAGGAUGUGCAGUCCCACCGACCCGACUCUCCAGCUCUCUUCACGGACAUACCAACUGAGCGUGAGCGAACAGAGAGGCUAAUUAAAUCCAAACUAAGGGAGAUAAUGAUGCAGAAGGAUUUGGAGAAUAUCACAUCCAAAGAGAUACGUACAGAAUUGGAAAUGCAAAUGGUAUGCAACUUGAGAGAAUUCAAGGAAUUUAUAGAUAACGAAAUGAUAGUGAUCCUUGGCCAGAUGGAUAGCCCUACGCAGAUCUUUGAGCAUGUGUUCUUGGGCUCAGAAUGGAAUGCCUCCAACUUAGAGGACUUACAGAAUCGAGGGGUGCGGUACAUCUUAAAUGUCACCCGGGAGAUAGAUAACUUCUUCCCAGGAGUUUUUGAAUAUCACAACAUCCGGGUAUAUGAUGAAGAGGCAACGGAUCUCCUGGCUUACUGGAAUGACACUUACAAGUUCAUCUCUAAAGCAAAGAAACAUGGUUCCAAAUGCCUUGUGCACUGCAAGAUGGGGGUGAGUCGCUCAGCCUCCACCGUGAUUGCCUACGCCAUGAAGGAAUAUGGCUGGAAUCUGGACCGAGCCUAUGACUAUGUGAAGGAAAGACGAACCGUGACCAAGCCCAACCCCAGCUUUAUGAGACAACUGGAAGAGUACCAGGGUAUCUUGCUGGCAAGCAAACAGCGACAUAACAAGCUCUGGAGAUCUCAUUCAGAUAGUGACCUCUCAGACCACCACGAACCCAUCUGCAAACCAGGGCUAGAACUCAACAAGAAGGAGAUCACCAAUUCUGCAGACCAGAUUGCUGAGGUGAAGACCAUGGAGAGCCACCCACCCAUAACUCCUGUCUUUGUUGAACACAUGGUCCCACAAGAUGCCAGUCAGAAAGGCCUGUGUACCAAAGAAAGAAUGAUCUGCUUGGAGUUUACUUCUAGGGAAUGUCAUGCUGGACAGAUUGAAGAUGAAUUAAACCUAAAUGACAUCAAUGGUUGCUCUUCAGGGUGUUGUCUGAAUGAAUCAAAAUUCCCUCUUGACAACUGCCAUGCAGCCAAAGCCUUAAUCCAACCUGGACAGGCCCCAGAAAUGGCCAACAAGUUCCCAGACUUAACAGUAGAAGACCUGGAGACGGACGCACUGAAAGCAGACAUGAACGUCCACUUGCUGCCCAUGGAAGAAUUGACAUCUCGACUGAAAGACCUCCCCCUGUCCCCCGACCCUGAGUCACCAAGCCCCCAACUAGGUUGCCAGGCUGAAGUCUCAGAUUUCAGUACAGAUCGCAUUGAUUUUUUUAGUGCCCUAGAAAAGUUUGUAGAGCUCUCUCAAGAAACCCGGUCCCGAUCUUUUUCACACUCAAGGAUGGAGGAACUGGCUGGAGGAAAGAGUGAAAGCUGUCUGCUCUCAGUGGUAGAAAUAGCCCCUUCUGAAAUGACAGCUGAUGACCAGAGAAGCAGCUCUUUGAGUAAUACUCCCCAUGCAUCUGAAGACUCUUCAGUGGAUGAGGAACAGUCAAAGGCAAUCUCAGAACUGGUCAGCCCAGACAUCUUCAUGCAGUCUCACUCAGAAAAUGCUAUUUCAGUCAAAGAAAUCAUCACUGAGAUUGAAUCCAUCAGUCAAGGGGUGGGACAGAUUCAACUGAAAGGAGACACCCUAUCCAACCCAUGCCACACGCCAAAGAAGAACACCAUCACUGAGCUGCCCCUUGAGAGGGCCCAGGCCCCAGAAGACAACCCGGGAAAUCUGGAACAGAAUGAGGGUUGCUGUGCAGCCCAGCCUGAAGCAGCCAAAGACUCGGGGAAGUGGGACCCAGAGAGCAGCCUGACCACAUACUCGUCCACAGCAGACUUGGAAGAAGAGGAACCAUCUGAGGAGGAACACGAGUUUUGCAGCCCAGAGGUGCACCCAGGUGCCAAGUGGUGCCCCGGGUCCGUGAGGCGAGCCACCCUGGAGUUCGAAGAACGCUUGCGGCAGGAGCAAGAGCAUCAUGGGGCCGCCCCUGCAUGUGCCUCAUUGUCCACUCGCAAGAAUUCAAAGAAUGAUGCUUCUGUGGCAGACCUAGCACCAAAAGGUAAAAUUGAUGAAGCCACCCCGGAACGUUCAGUUGUCCCCAAGGAACCAGAGAUGAACAAGGGCAAACAGAAAUGCAGUGGCACUGAAGCUGGCUCACAACCCCACUGUGAGCAGAAAGCCACUGGUCCAGCAGCUCAGCUGCUGGAGUUUCACCCCUUGGCAGCUCCUCAGCAAUGUCCAGGACCAGGCACUAGAACAAAACAGGAAGGAGCCCUGAAGGAGCAGAGGGCUGUGGCUUCAUGCCAGGGGUUGGAGACACAGGCAGUCCCUCUUCCCCUUCCCAAGAGGAUAGAAAUCAUCGAGUAUACACACACAGUUACAUCACCUGAUGAUCCUGGACUAGAGGAUGAAAUAGCCACCACCGAAAAGAGUGGGGAGCAAGGGCUGAGGAAGGUGAAAGUGGAGAAGUCCAUCACUGUGCUCUGUGCACUGGAUGAGAACCUGAACAGGACUCUAGGCCCCGACCAGGUUUCUCUGCACCCCCACAUGCUACCUCUGCCUCAUUGUUCCUCUCCUGAGCCCGACAGGCCCUCUGGCCUGACCUCCACCCUGAGCAGCCCUGAAAGCAGGGACAGCAGCCCCUCAGCACCACUAGAGACAGCAGCGCCUUUUGUCAGUCACACAAUCCAUGUACCAUCUGCCAACUUGGAUUACCUGCAUCCCCAGACUGUGGUUCAGCUGGAGGGCUUUACAGAGCAAAGCAGUACCACAGAUGAUGAGCCCUCAGUAGAGCAGGUUAGCUGGGAGGAAAGUCAGGAGGGUCCCCUCUCCGUUGGCAGUGAGGUGCCAUACAAGUGCUCCCAGUUGAGUAGCAAAGACCUAAGUUUAAUAAGCAAAUGUGGUGACAAUAUUAGGGAGCUACAGGAAAAACCAGACCCAUCACCUGUGGUCUGUCAACUCCUGCAGAGCUCUAGUAGUGACGAUAUAAAGGAUCUCAACCACAGCCCCAGUGUGGUAAAGGAACAUGCUAAAGAAAUUCAGUCCCAAGUGAUUUGCCAGGGAGGGCUCACCAAACCAUCUCAAAUGAGGCGCUCAGCUUCCCUCGCCAAGUUAGGUUACUUGGACCUCUGUAAAGACUGUGUACUGGAGAGGGAACCUGUCUCCUCUGAAUUCCCUCAUCUCAAACUGCUUCAGCCCUUCAUCAGGACGGACUCAGGCAUGCACACCAUGGAGUCCCAGAAGCCCCCAGGAAACCCAGGUGCCCCCCAGAACCCAGAGCCCACCACGUAUUUUGUAGAGCAACUCAAAACAACGGAGUGCAUCGCACAGAGCAAGCCAGUGGAGAGGCCCCUCGUACAGUAUGCCAAAGAAUUUGGUCAUAGUCAGCAGUGUUUGCUCCCCAGGGCAGAACCCGAAUUGACUAGUUCUGAAGGAGGCCUUCCUUUGCUGCCAACCCAGGGACUGCUGCAGAGUGCAGCCCCAGCUCCCAGGCUGGCUGUGGCUCCCCGUCAGCAGCAUGGCAGAACUCAUCCCCUUAGGAGACUUAAAAAGGCAAAUGAUAAAAAACGGACAACCAACCCCUUCUAUAAUACCAUGUGAUUCUGAGCCUACACAUGGGACUUUUGAAAAGAAAUGUUUGUAAAAGGGGCAGGUGUAAUACGUAAGGAACAUGCACUUUAUUGGUUAAUUUUAUAAUGUUUUGGUCAUUUUACUGUUCCUGGUGCAUGCAGGGUUUGGCUUUUGUGGGUUUUUUUGUUUUGUUUUGUUUUGUUUACUAUGUGUGUGAGAGAGAGAGAUUUGGACAGCAAGACCAUUUUAUCAUAUUUUUAUUUUUUAAAAUUCAAACCUCAAAAAAAAUCUCAUUUUCAAAGAACACCUUUAUCAAAGUCAAAUUGCUGUUUUUCAGUCAACCACCACCUGCUCUUCACUUUGCCCACUGAGAAAAGACAUGCUUGCUUGACUGAGGGAAGGAAGCAGAUGGGAGGGUGGAGGUGAAGUUGGAAACUGGAAAUGCUCCUCAGGGCCUUUGUGAUGAUGGUUUGGUCCCCAGACCUGAGGGCACUGGGUGGGCUGAAAGGCAGCCGGAUGCCAGAUCUCUCCUGGCCAUUGCCUCCAUUGAGCCCAUUGGAGUUCCUGACGUGGGCAGGUUCUGCUUUGCUUUUAAAAGGGGGUCUUCCAGAAUUUCUUCUGGUAUUCCAGAGUGUUAUCAUUACAGACAGGCAUGAUAAUGGCUGGCUUUAUAAAUUUAUCAAAUAGUUGGGGUUUUUUCCCCAAGCAAAUGAUUUUUCACAUUACAUUAAAAGUGAACCCUAAAUGAAAUCCAGGAGAAGGUCUUCUGUGGAGGAAAGCAUGACAAGAGGGAGCAGGUAAAAGAGUGGAGAGACCACUCACUGCUCAGUAGCUUCUGGGGUGAUGGGGUCCACAUAUGUGGUCAUCCUGGCUCUCCCUGCCAGGAAAUGUGCUCUGCAGAGACCUCCGAACUAAAAGACAAAAGUGACAAGUUUGAAAAACAGCAAACGAAAGUCAUUGUGUUCUUGUAAAAUGAAUUCAUCCUGUAGGGUUUUAACCCUUUCAUUACUUGAAUAGCUCUUUGGGCCUUCUGAGUUCAAUGCCGUAUUUUUCCCAAUUUAUUUUCCUCCCCCAUGUUAUUUCUCCCGUGUUGCCUAUGUUUUCAUUUUAAUUUCAUAGAUGAUAUUUGAAUUGUUACAUUACAUAUGUAUAAUCUCCAGUGAAUGCAAAGUUUUCUGUAUCACACUGUUAACACUUGACAUAAGUGCUCCUCUCACCCCGCCCCCCUUUCUUUUCCUGGAAGGUUUGUCAUUUCUGUAAAGUUUAUACACGGUAUUUAUGUACAUAAUGUCACUUUCUUACAGUGUUUUGUUGUUGAUGUUGUAGGGUCUUUUUGAUUUAUUCUUUUUAAGAAGGAGUAAAGCUGCAACUGGAAAACAGACACCACAGCAUUAAAGCUGAGUGGUGUUGGUAGGAAUCCACUGUGUAUCAAUGGUAGUUUUGAUUGUUUAAAUGGAGACUUCUAAUUGCCAGCUCCUGCCAAAUUGUAUUUUAGUAACUUACUUCCUCCUCAGAGAAACCCCUAAAGGCUCCCAUUAGAUCACAGUUUGACCAAAGGCUGAUUUCUCUUUGAGACUGAAAUUCCAAAACAUUGUUUAACAGUAGCUGAAGCUCACCCAGGGAGCGUGGAGGGUGCCUCUGCUGCCCAGGGUGGGUGCUCCUGGUAGAGGCUGAGCAGUGGGGAGGCUCCGGCCCUGGGCAGGAGCCUUUGCGGGCAGUGACUGUGUUCAGGAUGCCGUUGCUUUGCUGCUGUUGUGGAAACCGUUAACAUGGAGCACCUGCCACAAACCAGCCAAUUUCAACUUUGUGCGGAAAACAUACUUAGCCUGAAAUGAAACACCCCCUGAAGCUCAUCAAAACUGAAGAGGUUUGCAAAUUUGCUUCCUGUUUGCUUUGAGAUUGACCAAGUGCAGACUUGAGAUGUAGGUUUUUUGGUUCAUUACAACACCGAGAGGAAAAGACAGGUGCAGAGACUGUCAAGGUGAUGUUGAAGGCCCGAGUUUUGUGGGGUCAGGCAGUGGGGUGCACCAUAAGAGAUAGAAAAGGUGGGCUGAGGCCACUCUUAGCUCAGGAGGAGCUGUGAAUCUAGUUGCCAUAUGGGAGCCGUGCUUGGGACUGACAUCACUGCCAGGAGUUAAGUUGAGCUAAAGAUGUCUUUAUGGUAUAGUAAUUAUGUGUAACCAUGCUGUCCCCUAAAUAGUUUCCUUAAGUGUUCAAAUGCAUCAUCCACACAGCUUUGUGAUUCCUGGAUAUUUACUGUGUUGUAAAAUGUUUUUGUUUUUUGUUUGUUUUAGAUGGUAUGUACCAGAGUGAGGAUGCCUGCAAGGCAGGGUUAGGAAUUUCCAGGCCCAUCUGUGUAAACAGUCCCAUCUUGUUGAGGCAGUUCCAUCCCCAUUAUGAUGGGAAAGGAUAGGAAGUUGGGGUGGGAGGAGGAUUUGCAUGCAGGAAAAGAGAGCUGUGUCUUUUCAUGCCACCCCCUUGCGAUGGUGACAUCCUACACAUUAGGAAGUAAAAGCAGUGUCAGAGGGUUGUACUGUGCCCUCUUCUCCCAGGCCACUGUGUUUAAUGUGCAUGCCCACUGCAUUAAAUAACAACAUGGGGAGGAAACCCUCUAAAAUGCUGUGAAAAAAAAUUUCUUUGAAGAGUGAAGGAAACAGUCUUGCUCUGCCUUUUUGUUUUUAUUACUUUUUUUUUUUAACCAUUUAAUUUACCUGCCUAGAUAAACAUCCUCUACACAGGAUCUAUAACUUAACCAUGCCAUAGGGGUUUUGCCAGGCCUUUCAGGCUCCCCCAGUUGGGUGUUCUUGUUUUAUUUAUACGGCUGAGCAAUGUCCAGGGGAGGUGCAUAAUGAGCCGUCAAGGACUUUUCUGACUUCCUUCUCUUCAGACUCUCUGAUUUUCCUUUUUUGUUGUUUGUGGGAAACCAGACCUGGAACAGCAGGUUUGGUAGAUGACAGAACUGAGGAGGAAAAGCCUUGGUCCCUUACCCAGUGCCUCUAUCUUUAUCUUGAAAACCAGCAUCCUCUGGCUCUCAUUUAUUCUGAGGGGGGUGUGUUUGUGUCCAUGUCUGCAUGUACAAGCUAACAUUUUGGUGCAUGGGGUAAAAGUCCCAAGAGCACACAAGUUUUGAGCUAAAUCUGGGAUGGUUACCUGGUCAGUAAGGUAGGAGAGACACCCCAAGUCUUUCUUGAUUUCAGAAAUUCUUAGGGGUAGUGUAUACUAAAGUAGACAUGUAGUACGGUAGGAAAGUGAUAUUCAUCUCUCCUUUUUGGUUGCCUUUCAGAUUCUAAAGGUUUGAGAUGAUUCCUAGCAACUUGGCCUCUUCAGGCCAUUUAUCUAGCAUUUUCCUCGUUUUGUACCUUUAUCUCAACUGGUAUUUCCUCCUCCUCAUUUUGGGGACUGAGCUCCAAGGACAGCCUGUGGGUGACGGACCAAGCUCUGAGGUCCUCUUCCUGGUCAUGGGCCCUACACAGAUCCUGCUGGGUGGACCCGAAGCUUCCUAUGAGAAGCUUCUUUUCUGAGACUUAGCAGCUCACAGAAAUCUUCACCUGUUCCGUCUGAGGGUUUCAGUUCUGAAGUGAUCUAGACAGGUUUGGUAAAAAUGUUUUUGUGGGUUUUUUUUUAAAAGCAUAAUGCAAAAAGAGUCACUUUUAAGGGCAUUUUUAAAAUUUUGAAAUAAAGCCAUUAUUUGGCUUUUGAACACCUAUUGUGGGUACUUUGUUUACAUUGUAUUAAAACCUGCAUCAUCAUCUUGUUGGCCACUGAGUCUCCUUCGUCUCCAGGCACCCAGUCCUGGCUGCCCUGUGAGUCCUCACACAAAGUAAUGCCACGCUGGUCAGCCUCCUGGAUGAGUGGGUGACACCUGGAGCUGACUUCCGUGUGCAUCCUGCACUCUCCCAUCCAACGCUCCGUAUGGAAAACAGUUGUCAUUUCCUUGGUGAUGGUGUGUCUUAUAGUGAUGGUUGUAAUGGUGAAUGGCUAGUGUCAUUUUGAUUGCUUUUUGUUUUGCUUUUUGAUGGUAGACAAGAUAGACUUUUAACUGUCUAAGCACCAAUCCAACUUAAAAGCAUCUUGAACUUUGUUUUCCCUUCCAAACUAAAAGAUCAAGGCACGCGCUAGGCAUACACAUGAUUUGCUGCCUCAUUUCAUCCGACACCUAUAUUAGGAAAAGGUCUGCCACCAAAGCAGGAAGCUGCACCCUCCUUGCCCUUUUCCUGGGGCUUGGGGUCCCUUGAUGCUAUGGAGAGCCUGUGCAAGAUGCUUCUGUACUUCUCCAGCCUAGAAGUGAAGGGUGAUUGGCCUGGCUCCUGCUAUGAAAAGAGAAUCAGCCUCAUUUUCUCAGUGCCCCAGAGAUUUAGGACAGGAUUUCUAAACUGGAAUCACCCAUCAUCAGCUUGGAAGUGUCACCAAAACGUACGUGACUGGUGCUGCCACUUGUGUCCUCAUCGAGUGGUGGCAGAAUCCCAUGGACACAGAGCUGAUGACCCUAUCUGAAAACUUGCUAACUGGCCCUGAAAUGUUUCCUAAUCAAUUAGCCCACAGGGAAUUGCUUGGUUUUACUGUUUUGUUGGGUUUUGGUUUGCUUGACAUAGCUUAAGGUGCCUUUUCUUUUUUUCUUUUCUACUUUAUUUUGUAGGACUUGUUCUGAAUGUGGAAAACAAGUCCAGAAGACUCUCCCACUGACUGUUACCUUUGCCCUACACCACCCCAAACUUUUAUGCUCACAUUUUAUUAAUAAAGCAGGUGCUCCCUGGAAUCUCUGGGACCUUUUUGAGGCAUUUGAAGUAGAUAUAAAAGAGUGGUCUCAUCUCCUUCCUUAAUCUUCCUGGUGGUUGGGAUGUUCCACUUGUAUCAUAGAUUUUUUUUUUUUAUUACUGAUGUGCUCCGCUGUUUUUAAAUGUGAACUUGUGCGCAAAUGUGCAGAUUCAAUGUUCUUGUUACAGAUUGAAUAAAUUUUUAUUUUGAAGAUGAAA